AGGUUAUUUUUUCCUUUUCUCUUUCUCACUCAACUUCUUUAUCUUACAAAUCUUUUUACUUUUUUGUUGCUUAGCACAUUACUUACACACAAACAAUAUACGAAAUGCCUUCAGAAAAAUUCAGAAUCGCCACAAACGGUCAAUCUUUACGAAACCCAAACAAUGCAUUUUUCGGAAUGACACUCUCUGCUAAUUUGACAGUCGAUGAAAGUGACGUCUCUGCUCACAAUGACAGAAGAUCUGCCCACAAUGCUUUAGAACGUCAACGUCGUGAACAUUUGAAUAUUAAAUUCCAGCAACUCGCACAUGCACUACCUUCACUUCAGAGUGUACGACGACCAAGCAAGACAAUGAUUGUUGCUAAAUCACUUGAAUUUGUUUCUUCAAGUUUAAAAAGAGAAUCCAAUUAUACUUCUGAAAUCCAAAGAUUACGCGCAGAGAACGAAAAACUCAGAAAGCAAGCUCAAGCUUCAAGUGCUGUAUUGAAAAAGCAGAUCUCUCUAGAUCAAGACAAUGAAAAGACAGAUGCUAAAUCUGAAACCAUUACCCUACCAGCCAAAGAAGAAGAAAAGGCUUCGUUAAAAAGAAAGGCUAGUGAAGCAGACUUGCAAUUGUCUCCACCUCCCACUCCUGAAGCUAUGCGAGGAAGUAACAAUAAGAAAUCACCUGCUCCUGUUAUUAUCGCCACACCCCAAAAGAAAAAGAAGAUGGUCAAGCAAACAAAGCCGUUACAAUCUCAACUACACACUCUAAAAUCUUCUCCCAUUAAUGAAGUAGAAAACUUGGCAACCAGCGCUUCCAUGGUCGCUCCAUUAAUAGAAUCCCCCUGGUCACCUGUUGAUGAUCAUUUCCGCCCAAUGAAUGCAUACCCCAUUACUUCUACAGCUGAUAAUACCUCAUCUACCUAUUUCAAUAUCUCAACAUCACCAUAUACCACUAGUUCUACUACUCCAGCCAAUAAUAAUGACUUGAUCUUCAUGACACCCAACUCUUCUGUUGAUCUUUAUCAACAUCAAUCUAUUCAAGCUCAAAAUAUGAUGCACUCUAUGCUCUUUGCGCCUUACAACUUGGCCUCUGAACCAACUGCUGACUUUACAUAUGCAUUCUCUCAUCAACGCCAAACAAGUCACCCUAAUGACUUUUACUUUUCUUAAGUCCUUUCUUUUUUUAAGUGAGCUUGUUAAGACUGGCAUAUAAUAAGCACACACAAACUUUUUUUUUAUAUAUUAUUUAUUAUAGCUGUACAUAAUUCAACACACUCACUCACACACCUUGUCUUUUUAUUCUAUUUAUAUAUACAUAUAUUUUAUUCCCUUUCCCCCCCCUUCACCCUUUGUUGUUUCAAUUUUUUUUCUUCUUUGAAAAUAAUAAACUAUAUCUCUAUUUUACAUACAAACAUCUUUGUAUUUCUUGGUUGAUACAGAAAAGAAACUCUUGAAGCACAUUUCAAUCGAUCGAAACAAAAAGGAACACUGCCUUUUGACACUUCUAGUACAAG